AUGGCGCACUUAAAUGAAUAUAAUUUAACUAUACUUAGCUCUAAAGGCGAUGGGUUGAAGACAUUUUUAAACACAAUAUGUAAAAGUGAUAACCAUGAUAAAUUAGUUAUUCAAGAUAAAAAAGGGAAUGGAUCAAAUACAUUUAAAUUGCAUUUGAAUUAAUAAGACAAGAUUCAACAAUCAAUAGGAAUUAUUUUGUUCUUUGAUACAACAAGCAUAGAUUCAUAUUAAUAGGCAAUAUAAAAGUAUCAAUAAAUAGCAGACUGUAUUGAUAAAUAAAAAUGUAAUGUCUUUAUGGUUGGAAAUAAAAUAGAUUUAGAGGAUUUUAGAUAAAUACAAUUUCAUGAUGCUAAUAAAUUUGCAGUUGAGAAUGGACUAUUUUGUAUGUAAGUAUCUAGCUAAAAGAAGGAUGGAAUAGAAUAUUUUCUAAAUUUUUUAAAGAGUAGAACAGCAUUGACAAUAAAAAAAAUUUAGAAAUAAGCAAGUUUGUAAAAUGUUUAAAACGGAGAAGAAGGAGUAAGUUGCACUCCUAAAAAUGAAACUCAGAGCUUAGUUGAAUUAUAAUUAAAAGAGUAAAAUUCAUAAAGCAACGUUAUUCCUGAAAUUUUAAGAGAAAGGUCUAAAACACCACCAAGUAUUAUAGAAGAAAAUUUAAAGAAAAAGCAAGAGUUUGAAUAAAAAUAAGCAUAAGGAUUAAAAAAUUUAAUAUAAAACGUACUAUAACCUUCUCUGAAAUCAUAAACUAGCUCAGAGAUAAACAUUCAUAAAGCUUAAGAAAAAGAGGGAAAUCUAAAUAAGCAAUUAAGUAGUUAAAAUAGCUUAUUGGCAGAUAAUUAAAUCUCUCAAAUAGGUUAAUAAGAAUCAAAUGAACAAACUCCAAAUAAAUCUAAAAUGUAGAAAAAUUCAAAAGAUAUAUUAGAGGAGAAUAUACUAGUUUAUUCAUUCAAUAAUCCGAAUUAAGAAUUGGGUUUUCUUUCAUUUAAAAAAGAUUUAAACAAUUAAAAUUAAUCAAAUAAACUAGAAAAUAUGUAAAAAAGUAAAAUAGAAAACAAUAUUUAAUAAUAAGAACAAAAUACUAUUAGCGAAGCUAUUGCUUCUGAUCAAGAUUAAAAUAAGUAAUAAAACGAAUUAAAAGGAACAUUUUCACCAAAUCCUAACCCAAUUUAAACUAGUUAAAUAUAAAAUUAGAAGGAUGAAAUCGUAUAAAAUCAAGAUAAUUAGCAACAUUAAAUUGAAAUAAAUAAGUUAAAUUUAAAUGAAGAUAGCUUGAAUAUGAAAUAGAAUAAUAUAGCAGAUAUUAAAAUAGACACACAACUAAAUUAAAAAAUACCUAUUUAAUAAUAAGACUAAAAUGUAAAUUAAAGUAAUUAAUUCUAGGAAGAAGCCUCAAAAAAGGUAGUAUUAGAAGCAUCACAAAAUUUGAAAUAAGAUAAUUUACUAAAGUAAAAAGAAGAAAUUCCACAAAAGUAGUAAAGAAAGUCUAAUUUAAACAAAAUAGACGAACUUCAAAAAAAUUUAAAGAGAUUAAAAGAGCUUGAAAAAAGUAAAGCUAACAAAUCUAGAGUUGAUUCAAGUUUAUCUCAAAAUUCAAAUGCUUCUAUUCCACUUAUUGAAUCUGUUUAAAAAGUAUAAAAUGUUCCUAAACCUAUUGCUCAACUGGAAACAAAUGAUCAGCAGCAUUCAUAGACUAAUGAAUCUAACAACAUCUAAGAAUCUAAUAAACUGAUUUAAAAAAGCUAAAAUUCAUAAAUAAGUGAUUAAAAUGAUUAACAUCUACUUUAGCAUAAUAAUAAAGAAAUAUAACAAAAUUCAAAUUAAGACGCACAAAAUAGUAAAUAUAUCAAACAAAAUAUUAAUUAAAAUUAAAAUGUGUAAAAGUUGUAAGAUCUAGAAACUAAUAGUUUAUCCAAUAAAUCAAUUUAGAAUAGCAUAACAAAUAUAUAACCUUCACAAAAUCAGAUAGCCAUUGCAGAUAAUUAAUUAGGAACAGAUUUAUAAAAUUAAAGCUAGAUAAACAGACAAUAAAACUUUUAAGAUAAUAAAAAUUAAAAUAAUAACUUAAACCAAGGUUAAAUACAACAUGUAAAUAAUACAAAUAAUGGGCUUAGAUCUGAUAACCAAUAAAGUUAUAAUGAACACUAGCUAAAUGCAAAUUUAGUAGAAAACAAUUUACAAGUUCCUAAACAUAAAGAAUCAAACAACAUGAAUACUGAUUCAACUGGUACAUUUGGAAAUAAAAAUUCGAUAUACUCAAUAAGUAUCACUAAUGCUUCAAUAGAUAACAGAAAGCAGUAGGCUUAAAAUAUGAUGUAAUCUGAAGUAAUUUAAGAGUAAACUCCUAUCUUUAGUCAUUAGAAUGCUUAAAAUGAUAGCUCAAAAUAUAGUAACGGCUAGUAUGGUAGCUUAAAUCAAUUAAGUUCAAAUUCUCAAAAAGACUCAAACAAAUAUAAUAGAUAAAAAAACAACAUGAUUGGCUCAUUUGAAAGAAAACUUGUAGAUGAAAAUGAUAACUAUACUCCAACUAACUAUUAAAAGCUAGCUCCUGUUAGGGAAUCAUAUGAUAAGGAUCCAAAAAUCCCAUCUCUUAUGGUUUAAAGUUAUUUAACAAACUGCCACGGUGACGAUGAAAACGAAGAUGAAAGAUACCGAUAAAGCAAAUCAGAUCUAAGUAAUUUAAAAUCUGAAAUUAUCAGAAAACCUCUUCAGCUUGAGUAAAUGAACAUAAAUGAUAAAAAUAGCCGAAGCAAUACUCAGAGAUAAUUAGAAGAUCUCGACAAUUAAAUAAAAUAAAUAAUUUAAGGAGAUGGCAAUUAAUCUACAACUUAAUAAAAUAUGAAUGAUGAAGAUGAUAGUGAAUUUUUUUCGGAUAUUAAAUUUGCUGGUGAUAAAAUGCUUUAGACUAAAGAAAAAGUUGUUGUGAAUCCUGACAUCUUAUACACAGAAAAAAAAAAGGAAAAUAAUAUUAGAUUUACUUAGAGUACAUUUAACUAAAGUAACGAAGAAGACCAAAUAAAUCAAAAGAAUUAAUCUAAUUAGAUCAGAUAUGGUUAAGCUAGUAAUGUCGGAAAAAGCAAGUAGCUUAAAAGUUAAGAUGAAGAAGACGAGUCGUUUAGUGAUGUAAGAAUGUAACUAGUGCAGCUUAGCACUCCACCUAAAAAUAAACUGGAAAAACCUUAUCAAAGUAUAUAGUAAGAUUAAGCUGUGAGUUUGAAUGAUCAAAAUACCCAUUUGAUAAAUAGCUUAACAACAAGUGAUAAGAAGUAGUUAUUAGCUUCAUAAUCAUUAAGUUCUUAUUAAAAAGAAAAAGAUAUGCAAUAUUUAAAUUAUAUUCCAUAAGAAGUAGAAGCUAUUGAUGAAUAGAACGAUACUUAAAAUGUCUACUAGAUUAAUAUAAGAGAUAAAAAGAGUGAUACAUUUACUCACUUAAAUAACUUAGAUAUAAAAAAUCCUUUAAUUGAAAGUUAAGAGUAUGAUUAGAUGUAAAAACAGCUUGAAAAAGAAGGAAGAGCAUCUGGUACUUUACACAAAAAUGAUUCAAAUGAAUAAUUAAAAUAUAGUUCAAAUAGAAAUAAUUAAUAAAACAUUUAAGGAUAUAAUUAAAAUAGCCCUUAAGUGCCAAGUUAACAAGAAAUACAAAAAACAUUUUAAACUCCCUAAAAUUAAAAAAAUAUUAAAAAAGUUCAUUUAAAAUUAGAAUAAAAAAAUAAGCCUUAAGAGCUAAGUCUUUAAUAAUACACUCCUCCUCAAGAUAAAUUAGAAGGUGAUUAAUAUUAAUACUAAAAAAAUAAUGAUAAUUAAUAAAUACAACCAAGCUUGGACUAAGAUAAUUCGAUCUAAUAAUAUGAAAAUAAUAUGUACAAUGAAUUGAAAAGAACACUUCAUGACUAAGCAAGCAAUAAUUUUACUAAUUUUAAGGUUACACCAAAAGGUGUGCCGGCUAUAGAGACUUCUUUAAUGAAUAAUUAUACUUAAAAGGAAAAAAAAAAACAAAAAUUAUCAAAUUUAAGUGGUUUAUCUGCAAAGCAAUUAAAAAAUUUUGACUCUCCAUAAGUCUUUAAGGUUGAUUUAUCAAAAAAAACAACUCCAAAAAGUGAUUAUUUUAGCUAGCCAAAGUUUUAAUUUUAUAGUCCUGCAAGUAAAUUUAAUUCAAGAGGAUUUAGCAGUGGAACAAAAGGAGGAAUAAAUACAAGUAACACCAUUCUAAAUAGAGACUUAGCUUCUUCAAUUGAGAGUUAGGAGGGAGUAGAUUAGUUUUUAACAAAUAACAGCGCUAACGAUGUAGAAGUUUUCUAUACUUAAGAUGAGUUUUUAAAUAACUAUAGCUCGGCUGAUUAAAAUUAUAGACAUAAUAUUUAUGAUCAAUAUAAGUCUCAUAUAAGAGGAUGUAGAAGUCCAAGCUCCUAUCAAACAAAAAAGCAUAAAGAUUUAAUAACAUUAAAUGUUGAUUUUGAUGGUCAGGAUUUAGAAGUAAAAGUAUAUUCAGAUGAUACUGCCUUUACUAUUGGAGAAAGAAUAUGUAUGUCUCUUUAGAAAAUGAUAACAAGAUCUCAAAUGAAGAACUUAGCUGCUAUUAUUUAAAAACGUAUAAAUGAUUACACUCAGUCGCUUCAGUAAAUAGUAGAAGAAAUCGAAGAUAAAAAACUCAAAGAAAAAGAUGCCAUAGAUCGAUAUAUUAGAGAUAGGAAUUUAAGAGAAAAUAUUUUAAAUCCUCUACCUUAAAAACAAAAAAUGGGAUUAAAUGAUAGUAAAAAAGAUGAAAUAAUAGGGAAAUUAACAGUAGAAUUGAACCCAAAUAGUAAAAAAUAAGCAACUAUUCGUAUAAGAGAAAAUGAUGACCCUUAUGAAUUAGCCUUUUCGUUUAUAAAUACAUAUAAUAUAAAAAAGAAUAAAAUUAGCUUUUUAGUCGAGAAAAUAGGAUAGAUUUAAAAUGAAUAUAGGGUUUAAUAAAGCUUGAAAGAAAAGACAUAAAGAUUAUCUGUAUAAACUGCUUAUAAUGAUGUUUAGUAGAAAUCUUUCAAAGAUAUUUAAGGAUAUUAUUCUGCAGAGUAACUUUCAAAUUUGAGUCCAUAAAAUAUAUAUACCCCUUAAAACAAAAUAAGUAGUAGUCCAAUCAACUAUAAUUCGUAAUAAAUUUAAGAAAAAGGAUAGACAGAAUUGUUUAGAGUAAAUCUAGACAAAGGGAAUGGAGAUUAUAUUAAAAUAAUUGUUAGAGAAGGUGACAAUUUAAAGCAACUUGCAUAUUAAGUAGCCACUGACAAUUAGCUUAAUAGUAAUGCAUAUUAAAAAAUUCUUAAAACUUUGGAGAGUGCAUAUAAGAAUUUUUUAGAGAAUCAAUGGCAGGCUAUUUGA